AUGGCAGAGUUACCCGUGGAUCGUUACUCCCCCGAGUCUUUGGUCACGGUGAUGGUCAUGCUUAUCACCUUCCUUCUGGGCGUUCCUGGAAACCUGUUGGUGAUCUGGUUGACGAGCGUGAAGAUGAAACGCACAGUGAACACCGUGUGGUUCUGCAAUCUCGCGUUGGCUGAUUUGACCUGUUGCCUGUCUCUUCCUUUCUCCAUCGCCCUUGAGUUUCUCCACCAGCGCUGGCCGUACGGCUCCUUCCUGUGUAAGGUUUUACCUUCCGUCGUCAUUCUCAACAUGUUUGCCAGCGUCUUCACUUUGGUGGCCAUCAGCAUGGACCGUUGCCUCUUGGUGGUGAAGCCUGUGUGGGCCCAGAAUCACCGCAGUGUCCGCUCUGCUCGGUUCGUAUGCCUGGGAAUUUGUCUGCUGUCUUUCCUGAUGUGUCUUCCAGCAAUGCUUUACCGAGAAACCAGCACCUACCAAAAUACCACCACCUGUCAGUAUACGUACACCAGAGGGCCCUACGUUCCUGAUUAUGACUAUAACUAUGAUACCAUGCCAGGGAGCAGCACAGCUACACGAGACUUGGCCACGGAACCAACAAAUGACUCGAGCCAUCACGCCGUCAUCACCAUCGCCCGAGCCGUGUUCGGAUUUCUGUUACCGGCCCUCAUCAUCUCGGCAUGCUAUAUCCGGCUGGCAUGGAAAAUGCAAAAUGCCAGAUUCAACAGGAUGAGCAGAAAAACCCGUAAAGUGGUGUUUAGCAUCGUGUUGGCUUUCUACGUGUCCUGGGCUCCGUACCACCUGGUAGGUCUCACCAUGUUGCAUGUCGACAGCCCUAACAUGCACCACCUGGAUUCCCUCUCGCAGGCUCUAGCGUACUCAAAUAGCUGCAUUAACCCCAUCCUCUAUGUCUUCAUGGGCAAAGACUUCAAAAGCAAGUUGCGUCGGUCUCUCUUGGGGCUCAUAGAAAGCGCGCUCAGCGAAGAAGCUACUAAAUCCACCAGCCGAAGCAGAAGCCGGGUCAGUGCUCCAGAGAGUGUAACUCUGUGA